AUGGCCGCACGAAGGCAGAUCCAAUAUGUGCUCUUUGACAUGGAUGGACUAAUGAUCGACUCGGAGCGGGUGUACACCGACGUAACGAACGAGAUCCUUGCCGAAUAUGGCGCCGAGAUGACCUGGGACAUCAAAGCAGGGCUCAUGGGCAAACCCGAGCACGACGCAGCCGCGCACCUCCUUUCCUUCUUCCCCUCCAUUCCCAUCUCCCUCGAAGACUAUCUCACCCGGCGCAACCUCCUCCAGGAUCAAAGCUGGCCGCACGUCCAGCUCUUGCCAGGGAUCCGCAAGAUCGUGCAGCACCUGCACCGUCACCGGAUCCCCAUUGCCAUCGCCACGGGAUCGCGUCGGCGGAACUUCGAGAUGAAGACCGAGCACCUGCAAGACGUGUUCGGCCUGUUCGGCCACAACGUCGUGUGCGGGGACGACGAGUGGAUCAAAACUGGGCAUGGAAAGCCGUUUCCUGACGUCUUUCUCGUAGCAGCGAGGGACUGCCUCGGGCGGAACGUCGGAGACAAGGGCGACACUGGCGAGAAGGAAGGCGAUAUGUGCAGCGCAGACGAACAAGCAGAGAGGGCGAAAGGGUUAGUGUUUGAGGACGCGAUACCAGGCGUGCAGGCUGGCAAGAGAGCUGGCAUGAGUGUUGUGUGGGUUCCUGAUCCCAAUCUCCUCAAAUUAGAGACACAAGGUCCAGCAGCGCCGGAUCAAGUGCUUGGUUCGCUCGAAGAUUUCGUACCAGAAGAGUGGGGUUUACCGCCAUACGACUCGGACUAA